AUGGCGGGCGGAAGGCAGUGCAGAAGGCAUGGUCGGUUUUCUCUCGUUUUUCAUCUAUUUUGCAAGGUUAGUAGCGAUUAUAGGUGGAUCAAACAGUAACAACUGUAGAAGGUAUCGUUUUAAGUAGUUUUAGAAAUGCUUGUGGUAAUGGUUUACCUUAAAUUUGGUGAGAUCCUGACUCUGAGAAAACUGAGAAAUGCGGCAAGGAUUUUGUUCCGGGUUUUGCGAACAAUGAAAGCGUGUUUAGACAAAUUUUCCCAAAUACAAAUGAAGCAAAUUAUUUUGAAGGAUUCUGGUGGAUAAGAAGCAAAAGUUGAGGAAGAAAAUAGUACAGAGAAUCUUUGCGUGCAAUUCGCCGAGCCGGCCAUGUCUUCCACACAUGCUCUCUGAUACUCUUUAAACGCGAGGAAUUCCUUCUCGCUUAGCUUUUUGCCUUCAAAGCUUUGCUUAUUUUGAUGAAUUCUAUCAUUAAAUUCAUGUUUGCUUGUUUUUAACCCGAUAUUUCGAUGAAAAACUGAAAAAUAAAGUGUGUUAUGAAGGUAAACAGCAGACCAUGAGUUGUUGAAUUUCAUUAUGCAAAUUAGGUUUAACCUCAUUAGCAUAAUGUAACAGCGGCAGAAAAUAAACUUGUAGAAAAUUCCUAGUCGCUCUACAUUUUCGAACGAUUUUCGGGUCUGUUUUGCAUAGAUAUCAUAUAUCACACAAAAUAGACAUCUUUCCUUGCAAGAUUACAUUCUUUGUUAAAUUUUUAAGAUAAUUAUGCAGAAAUAUGCCUUGUUUAUUUUUUUCCAAGCUUGCAAACGGGUGGAAUCCUCCAAAUCCUGCAGUAUGAUUGGUUCCAAGAACGGGUGGUAUUUUACGAUCUGGCCCGCUAACCCAGGUGGAAUCGUUGGCAGCUUCAUUCACAAGUUUGUUUGUUAUUUGUGAAUGAGCAAAAACUGUCAUUUUCAAACCAUUUUUAUUUUAAAACUUGUGCUAAUUAUUAGCAUUUACUGGGGAAAAGUGAAUUUUAUUAUUCAGACAAAAAGUCUGAAGGGAGAAUCAAGCAAGUCCGCCACGAAAACGGCUAAAGUAAAGCAAAACAGGUGGCUUGUGAUGUUGCUUCACUAAGCUUUAUAACCGCGCUGCAAGUACUGCAAUCUUGCUUUCAUGCACCAUUAAAUGGUGCAUAAAAGCAAGAUUGCAGUUCUAAUAGCCAAUAAAUUUUAUUGGACAUUUCUGCUCUGUUUGUAGUUUUGUCUUCCAUUUUUGCUGUUGGAAUCUUGAUUCUGCUGUUUUUUUUUUUAAAUUUUAUCUCAUUAGUUUUCUACUUAUCGGAAGAGGGUGUUCAAUCUUACAUAAACAGCACGAAUCACUUUUCCAGCACUGAGUCGGUUAUCGCCGUUUUCAUUUCUUUCUUCAUAACUUGUUGCUCACAUCGCCCUCUUUUAUUCGAAUUCAAUUCAAAACCUUAAAAUUGGUAUGGGUAAUUAGCACUUUUCAUCCUGCUUGAUUGAACUAAUCUUAAAGCUAUUUUUUAAUUAUUCAGCCGAAGAAAAUGCUUGCAUUAUUUUUUUCUUGGGGCUUUGAAUAUCAAGCUUGUCAAUUCUUUUAUCCUUGUUUGGCUCUCAGAUUAUGAAUUGUCUAACAAGACACAGAAACUGUUUUUAUUCUAAAAGAGAGCAGCAAGUGCCAUAAUAUAAACUACCGAGCCAAAAUCAUGUUGUAAUAUUUUGUUUUGGUUUGUAGUCAAUCACGCGCUUCAUCAACACAAAUGUGUCCUACUUCAACACACAUAGGUUGGAGAUUGAAGGAAAAUUUUCCUGAAACUUUUAAAUCUCAGUAGGAAAAAAAUAAAAAUGUUAUUCACUGGCCUAGGUCGGUCCAUAUUGGGAGAAACUGUGCCUUCGGUCUGAGUACCGCCCAAGGCCGUACUCAAGACCUUGGGCACAGUUUCUCUCAAUACUGACCUCCCAGCCGGUGAAUAACAUAUAUUUAUUUUUUUUGUGGAAUAUUGUGGGUUUCCUGAGGCGUUUUUAGAAAUUUCUUAUAAUUUAUAAGUUUAGUCUUAAGAAUUGUUCUCUUAGUUAAGAAUGCGAGUGGGAAAAUACUAUAUCUGCAUAUUUUGAUUUCUUAGUCUGGAAAUGUCACUGGAAAACUUUUUGAUAUUUCAGUUCCAUUGUAAUUUUAAGAUCACAGUCAUGACACGGUACCAGAAACGAUUUUUACCGUGAAGUUCUAGGGCUUGAUACUAAGUAAAAGUUAUAGUCUGAUAAUUAUGGAACAUUUAAUUUUCCAGAAAAAUGUCUGUGCGUGGCAAAUUGAACAUGAAGCACACAUUGUAAUCCUCAGAGGCCACCUGAAUGCAAACCCGAAUCAAAAGCUUGCCUUAAUCAGCAGAACUGGUAGGUAACAUUGCAAGAUACUGCUUCUAGAUAAUGUUAUCUUGAAAACACAUUUUGCUGUUGAUGCCUUGAUACCGAGCAGAAUGCAUGAUGCAAAAUAAUGUAAUACCAUUCUUUGUAUGACAGACAGUGAAUUAGACCAAUUUUUGUAUUUAUGUAUAUGUUGUAGUUAAUAUUUUAUCUCAGGUAAUUUUUGUUUUCCUUUCCUUUUUGGGUAUGACAGUGUUUGCUAAUAAAGUUGAAACAAGAAGGAAAAAUAAAAAUUACCUGAGAGAUUAAAAAUUAGCCACUAGGAACUUUGCAAGAAGCAUAUCUAUUAUGCUGCACUUCCAGAAAAUAUCCAUACCCCCCAUGAAGGGCAUGUUUACUUUAGACCCCCCCCCCCUGGAAUUUCCAUGAUACACUGUAGGGAGUGCUUGUCAUAGCCCCCCAGACCCUGCAAUUUCCGUAAAUUUUCAACUUGGUUGGGUACCCUCUGGAAAGUCAGCGGAUAACUUCAAAAAAAUACUUGACCUCGAUGGGUUGACACUUGAGCCCAUGGUAUGGUCAGGUGAUACUGGUCGGCGGAUACCCUGUUUUGACAGCUGUCAAUUGAUCACAACAUUGAUUAGGGGUGUAACAAUUCAUAUUCUUAACGAUUUGAUUCGAUUUCGAUUUGAUUAUGUAAUUGUUUCUUAAUUCUUAUAAUAUAACGCGUAAUGUUAACAACAUGCAACCCUAAACCCUCAAUUUGAGAAUAGUGACAGGGACAGGAGGAUUAACAGUUGCUUGGUUUGUCGCCAUGUUUGAGAACCUGACAAAGAGCGUGUUGCACAUGGUUUGCCUUAUUUGGAAAUUCUCAAGGGGUUGUUGAAGGACAGCAUUUUUACAGGCAACACAAAAUGGCACACGGACUGCUAUCGUCUUUGCUUGUCAAUCAAAAAUGCACAUUUUAAAGAGUUCUGGAUUCUGAUUUUACAAUAUAAUAACUCACUGAGGGCACCCUGGAAAAGGUGUACAAAAAUCGAACCAAAAUUGAAACGUGGAAGCAAAGAAUCGUGAAUCGAACCAAACGGUCAUAUUGCACAUUGAUGUGCAAUUAGUUUUCUCUUGGACUCCCAGACUAGCUAGAAAGUGUGAGAGUAAACAUUGGUUUCCCUGUGGUGAGGACGGAUGGUCCCUCGGUCGGUGUAUGGUCACGUGAUUACCAAAAUUUCUGGGAUGGGCAGAUUUCCUUAGCUAUGGGGCUCCGCACGGGGAGCUCUCCUAAAAAGACUACUACAACGUGUAUUUCAACUUUUCGUCAUCAUUUCAGGGUUUCUGUCGCUGCCUUACUGUGGAAAUGAUAUAAAAGCUGUUCACUCUCGGCAUUUCAGCAGGUAAGUGCUUUGAGUUUAUGGGAAUCCUAGUUCUUUCUGAACUGAUUUUUUCUGAAUUGGAAACUUUUGCAAAAUUCUUAGUUUGUUCUUAUCUCUACAGGUGAUGGUAGCACACUUUGGGAUUACCAAGUCAACUUUAUUGAUCAUGAUUCAUUAUUUUUUUGCUUUCUUUUUAAAAGAGAAUGCAGUCCACAUUACUCCAAUCUAAAAUUAUCAACACGGACAAUGAGAAUCCUGGUUUCUUUGGGAACUGAUUUUUUGUGGAAAUUCGACGGGGUGUAUAGGCGUUGAAACGCAUUUUGCGUAAACCGCUGACACUCAAACCGAUUUUACACAAUAAAUCAGUUAACAGACUGAAAACGUAGGCGUUGAGGGAUACUAAACUAAAAUUAUCAACGCGGACAACGGGAAUCCUGGUUUCUUUGGGAACUGAUUUUUUGUGGAAAUUCGACGGGGUGUAUAGGCGUUGAAACGCAUUUUGCGUAAACCGCUGACACUCAAACCGAUUUUACACAAUAAAUCAGUGAACAGAGAAACGGAGGGAUACUAAACUAAAAUUAUCAACGCGGACAACGGGAAUCCUGUUUUCUUUGGGAACUGAUUUUUUGUGGAAAUUCGACGGGGUGUAUGGGGGUUGAAACGCACUUUGCGUAAACCGCUGACACUCAAACUGAUUUUACACAAUAAAUCAGUGAACAGAGAAAUGUAGGGAUACUAAACUAAAAUUAUCAACGCGGACAACGGGAAUCCUGGUUUCUUUGGGAACUGAUUUUUUGUGGAAAUUCGAUGGGGUGUAUAGGUGUUGAAACGCAUUUUGCGUAAACCGCUGACACUCAAACCGAUUUUACACAAUAAAUCAGGGAACAGAGAAACGUAGGGAUACCAUUCUAAUUCAUCGGGUACUUUUCAAAUUGGAAACUUGUAGUGGAGAUAAAAAUAAAAUGACUGUAAGAUACCCCUCACACUGAGGUUCUUUCCAAAGCGAAAACUUUUUAUCUCUACAGGUAAUGGUUGAGCGAAUUUUCUUCCUAGAUUUCUAAUGUUUUUCCUUCAUUGUCUCCAGUGUUGUUGUGUUAUAUUGUCCACAACACUGGGCUUUGUAGGCUUUGAAUUUUAUUCAGUCUUUCCAGGUCAAAGCAAGUAUGUGCAUAAUUCAAGCUUAAAAUUAUUAGAUGGAGAUUUGGAAUCCUGAAUCCUGACUGACCUCAUAUGGCUGCUUUUGGUUGAACUAUUGUAUCUUCAAGUUUUAUAGUUUGGCUGGUACGAGUAUAUCACGUUAUGAAUUUCUUUUUAAUAUAUUACACACGUAGAAAGGUCUUUUAUAAUAUACAGUCGACUCCUGAUAACUCAAACCUUCAAGGGAAAUCGAAAAAGUUUCAAGUUAUCGGGAACCCGAAAAAAAUAGCCGGAAGUAAGGAAAAAAACAGUUUUUACCGCAUAGUGAACAUUUUAAUCACACUUAAUUGUAGAAAUGUCAAGUGAAAAUUAAAAGAUACUUCUAGAUUAUAAAUCAGAACAUAACAUAACAAAACCUUGAGUAAAUAGAGCAUGCGUUUUACUGUUUUGAGAAGUAAAGCUGUUUCACGUUAGAUUUGUGGCAAACAACAUCAGCCUGCAAUGGUAAACUACCGGUAUAUGCCUACAACCUGUCAAUGGGAAAUUCAAAAUUCAAUGUUUGGGACGCCAGUAGGCUGUUUUUUCCCGACUUUUAAAGGCUCAAAACAUGGUUCGAGUUCUCGAGGAUAAAAUUAUAUAGAAAUGAUCUGAGGGAAAACAAAAACUACUUUGAGCUAGCGGGAGGUUCGAGUUAUGGAGGGUUCGAGUUACUGAGGGUAAAAUUACGGUAAAUGUGUGACGGAAAUCCAGGGAAAAUCGAUUUGGUUCGAGUUAACGUGAAGUUCGAGUUAUCGGUAGUCAACUGUAUACUAUCACGAUUUCCCUUAGCAAUGGCUGGCUUUCUAUAAGAAGCCAUACUCCAUUAAGAUAUUUUUAGAGUUGAAGCAAAUCAAAGCCAAUGUUCUUUUGUGAUCGUUAUUUUAUCUGAAUAACCUCUCAUAUUGAGUCUUGUCAUCCUCUUAAAUGUCUCAGUGCACUAUUCCCUUGCCACAUUGGUGGGAGGCGAGCGCUCUCACCACUGCGCCAUCCCUUGCUUCAAAUAUCUAGUUGAAAAUCUCAGCCUUGGGUUUAUUCUUAUGACAUUCUUAAAAUUCGCAGAUUUCAGCCUCAAUAUUUUUAUAAAAUGUAUUCUGGUAAAAAAGAAAGAGUAUAGUCUUAGGGCCUCACUGUUAAUAAGUUAUUUUUCAACCCCUAGCGGGGAAUUUGCAAAGAAAUGUUUGUAUUGGAAAAUCUCCUUCGGUUUAGUGAUUUUUGGACGUGACCGUACAUAAAGGAUUGAUUCUAUUUUAAUCCUUUCUCCUUUGUUUUUUUGUCCUUAUUUUCUAACAGGUACGAGUAUUGGCAUUUUGAAUUUAUUGCUUGCCCUGCUCAUGAAGUCUACCUGUUAUAA